UUCAUUUGACAUCGAGAAAAUUUUUUUAUCAAACUUUUCCUAAAAAAAUUUCAUUUCGUUAUUUUUUACAAAAAAUUUAUCAAUUUUUCCAAAUAAAAUACAUUCAAUUUUGAAAAAAGUAUAAACUCUCAAGGCAAUGGCCGAUUCCCAAGAACCAACUUCAUCUACAACAACAAAACCAGAUCCACAAACCGUCGACGACGUAAGAUCAGAUAAUACAGAAUCAAAACCAUCACCAUCAUCAGCCACUACCACCAACACUACCACAACUAAUGACACCACUCCGGACGAAGUAACAUCAAGUUUUAAUCCUUCCGUCACAGAGGAUGAAAUCCAAAAAGAAGAUUUGGAAAAAAUCAAAGGCGAUGCCAUCGGCAAUACUUUGUACAGUGAAAGGUUUGUUUUAUCCACUUUACUAAAACUCACAAAACUCGAAAAAGAUCUCAGUGAAGAUGAACCAUUUGAAAAAGAUUUAUGUUCCCUUUGGAAUAUGACUAUCGAAGCAGAUGUUGUUAAACUUUUACUAAAUCAUAAUGUUCCCGAACUUUUUACAGACAUAAUUGAAAAGACCGAAGACAAGCGACUGACUGAAAUUCUUGUCGGCAUUAUAGCAAAUAUGUGCAGUGUCCAACAGACACGCAAAGAUCUUUGUUGCAAUUCACAUGUUAUGUCUGUUUUACUCAAUCUUAUCUCCUGCACAGAUAGUCUCACAUUGAUUCAAUUGAUGAGAUUCUUCUAUGCGGUUGUCAGCUCUGAAAUGAAUUCAGGUGAUGAGAUUUUAUGGUUUCAACAUUUUAAAGAAUGUGAUAGUUUCAUUGAGAACUUUGCAUUCAUUUUGAAUAACUCGGCAAAUUUGACUUUGUUGGUUAAUGCUCUCUCAACGUUGGAAGCUUUGUGUGUCACAUUUGCUUUGAUUGAAAUCCAACCAGAUGCCAAAGAUCUCUGUUUUAGUGAUGUCUUUGUACAGCCUUGUCUGGUCGAAGGCAUCAUAGAAGCCUUUAAAACCCUUCUUCCAGCAAGUAAACUAGAACAGAAUUCAAAUGAAGAAGGAACUGCUUCACCAUCGAAGAAUACAAAGAAAAUAAUGACUUUAUUCCUGGACAUUAAUGUCAUCUUGUCUCCUUAUGAACAAAUCUCACAAAAAUGCUAUGAACCAUACUUGGACGAUCUCUUUCAUUGCAUUUCUCAGAUACUAUCUCCUCUUUGCCAACCAAUCUAUCUCCUUCCACUCACUUCAAACGAACAAGGAAUCGUUGAGAAUGUCAAUGAAUUAUUUCAAGCAUUCGGUGAUCCCUUUCAUGAAGUUUGCUUUGCACAAAUGAUAUCCAUUUGGCAUCUAAUUGAUUCGGAUCGUGAAGCUAAAGAGAAUAGCGAUCAAUGGGGUGAAGAUGGUGAGGAGAAUGAUGAAGAAGUUAAUUCGGAAGAUAUUUGUAUGACUAUUUUGGAGUUUCUCACUCGGACUGUGAUGAAUACACUUGAAGAUGAGCUGGAAUGUGCACUGAAAAUGCAUGCUCCAAAUACAAUACUUAAGCUGUUGAGUGCAUUGAGUGCUGGUGAUUCGGAGGAAGAUAUUAAGGAAUGUUGCAACAAAAUUAAAGUUGUUUUUGAUAAAUUACAGAGCGAGAUUAAGACGGAUGGAGGGGAGGAGACGAAUGCUGUGGUUACAAAUAGUUGCUAAGAUUAAAUUCAAUAUAAUUAUGUAAUUUUUGGAUCUUCCUUUUUUUAAAUUUUAUUCAAAGUAGUUAAGGAAAUAAUGAUAACAGACUUUCUAUAUUAAAAAAAAAAGAGAAAAACAGUUAAGUCUGUUAAAGAAAAAAAGUUUUGACUAUGAGCUAUGUAUGUAAUUAUAUACUACAUCGUAGGUAGUAUCUAAAAGUAGAAAUAAAAACUGAUUUAAUUAUUUUCUUCGAGUGAA